AUGAUAGGACUAACAAAAAGAACAGAUGAAGAGAUAAAAAGGAAACUCAAGCAUCAAAAUCUGCGCAAGAGGUACUUCUGUUAUGAGAUCCAGAUCUUUUUCUUUUUUCUUUUACUUUUUCUCCCUUCAUCUCUCUUCCUCUUUCCCUUUCAUCCUGGACGCCCCCUCCGCGCCGACGCCUUCCGGCCCGCGGCGCUACAGGAUCGCUCUCGGACGCGCCCCUUCGCAUCGACGCCUUCUGGCCCGCGUGCUACAGGAUCGCUCCCAGACGCGCCGCGCUCCCUCGGCCCCGUGAGCUACUCGGAUCGAUCUCGGGCAACGAUCUUAGGAUUUAGUUCUCCAACUGCGGCGGUUCCCGCACCUUCGAUCCCUGACGGUGCCGUUCUCGUGAAGAUCUCGAAGCUUUCUGGAGUAGUUCCACCUCCUUUAUGCAGAAAUGCCCAAAUAUACUUGAAUGCUAUGGGUGGUGAAGUCACUACCAGGUUGAAUGUAAAUGCAGCAAACCAAGUACCUAGAAGAAUGUAAUCUCCUCGUAUUUGCAGAGUUAAUGAAGUCUGUACAGUUACUAAUAUGGCUGAACAUUCUUGUGCUUAUUGUUUUGGAUAUGUAUAACAAUUCUAGAUCACCAUUUUCUUUGCUUUCAUUUUGUUAUUUCGAGGUCCAUUUUUUGUUCUGAAUCAUUGAAGCUCAUCUCCUCGACUUUUGCUUGUAGAUAGUCCUCGUCUGUGGACUAAGAAACAGAAACUACUCAUGUGGGAGCACUUUCACUUUUUGUGUUCUUCAUGCAAAAUCUUUCUUUUCCUCCUGUA